CGGCCUCCACCAAUCAUCAAUACCACCAAAGCACAUUUCCUUAAAUAACGUGCCCCCAAGAUCACCUCAUCCUUACCGUCCGAUCAAAUCCAACGGCAGAUACCCUGCAAAUAUAAGCAGACGUGAACAAAACACACAGUGCAACUCCUUCCCUUUGUCCUCCAGAACCAAACAACGAACGAAACCGCAGAAAUCAGAGACGAAGUGUGAAGACUUCUGUAGCUCUGUGCUUUUUAUUUCAGCCCCCGAACUUUACCAAAAUUACACUGACGUCCCCGAACGACAGACGAUAAUGCACCAAAAGUCGGAUUCGGAUGUGACGAUGAGCGUGGAGCAGUUGACACCGCCGCGGUCGCCUCGCCGUCCGAUUUACUACGUCCAGAGCCCCUCCAACCACGACGUCGAGAAGAUGUCGUACGGCUCGAGUCCUGUUGGGUCGCCGCAGCACCACUACUAUCACUGCUCCCCUAUCCACCACUCCCGCGAGUCCUCCACGUCGAGAUUCUCCGCCUCCCUGAAAAACCCCCGCAGCAUGUCCGCCUGGCGGAAGCUGCAGCGCGGGGAAGAAGUGGAAUUGUCCGAAGACGACGAAAAUGACUCCGCAUUCGACGACGGCGGCCCCGCGCGUAAUAUUAGGUUGUACUUCUGCUUCGCGCUGCUUUUCGUUGUGCUCUUCACGGUGUUUUCUUUGAUCUUGUGGGGCGCCAGCAAGGCUUACGAGCCUCGAGUCAUCGUUAAGAAUAUUGUGUUCGAGAGUCUAAAUAUACAGGCGGGGAGCGACAUGACGGGGGUCUCGACGGACAUGCUGUCGUUGAAUUCGACGGUGAGGAUCUCUUACAGGAAUCCCGCGACAUUCUUCGGCGUCCACGUCACGUCGACUCCAUUGGAGCUCCACUAUUACCAGCUCAAGGUUGCGUCCGGGCAGGUUGAAAACUUCUACCAAGCAAGGAAGACGCAUCGGACAAUAAGGACGGUUGUGCUAGGGUACCAAGUGGCUCUUUACGGGGGAAUUUCAGUUAUUCAAGAUGUUAAAGAGGAUCGGCAGAGAGUGGUAAUACCGCUGAAUCUGACGUUUGUUGUGAGGUCAAGAGCCUACAUUUUGGGAAAACUAGUGAAGUCCAAGUUUUAUGAGAGAAUCAGAUGCUCUGUCACUCUUAGAGGAAGCACACUAGGCAAGCACUCAAAUUUGACAGAUUAUUGUGUCUACGACUGAAUGCUGUGCUCUGUUUAUCAUUAGUAAUCUUUUUGACAAUGUUAGUGUGGAUUAAUUGUAUCAUUUUAACUGCUUAGAUUACCUUGAUGUCUAUCGGACUUGGAAUUUUGUAACAAUGACUUCGACCUCUUUGUAGAUUUUUCAUUUGUGUAGAAAACAAGAGAAGAAAGCGAGUAAUUGUUGCCUUCCAUUCGUUUCUGUAGAAUGGAUUUGUAAAAAGCUUCAUUGUAAUCAAUUUGUUGCUUGAAUGUAUGGCACAUAUAUCUUCUGUUUGGUA